CUCUCUUUACAUCACUCCCUUUCUUCCUCUCUCUUUCUCUCUCUCUCUCUCUCUCUCUCUCGCUCUCCCCGUCUCUCUCUCAAGUUUUACAUGCGUGUUAAUUUCGGAGGAAUUGAAAAUUAGGGCACCAAAAUCCACCUUGAUCGAUGCAAACGUCACUCCAAGAAGAUGUAAUCUCGUAAAGAUUUUCGUCUCUUGAAUCAAUUUGUGAGCGCUAUCAGAAAUUUUAGGUGGGAGAAUUAUAGUAGGGUUUUUCCUUUUCGAGGGGCAAUGAAGGGUCCGUUGGAUCGGACCAAGGUGGUACUGCGGCACUUGCCGCCGGCAAUUUCGCAGGCGACGCUUAUGGAGCAAAUCGACGUCGCGUUUUCUGGGAGGUACAAUUGGGUUUCCUUCCGUCCUGGGAAGGGCAGUCAGAGGCAGCAAUCAUAUUCUAGAGCCUACAUUGACUUCAAGAGGCCAGAUGAUGUUUUGGAGUUUGCUGAGUUCUUUAAUGGGCACGUUUUUGUUAAUGAGAAGGGCACGCAGUUUAGACCCAUUGUUGAAUAUGCUCCUUCACAACGUGUCCCAAAGCAAUGGUCAAAGAAAGAUGGCCGUGAAGGGACCAUAUUCAAAGAUCCUGAGUAUUUGUCUUUGUUGGUGUUUCCCCAUCUUGCAUUUGCAGGUGCAUCAAAAGAGACUCCUAUUGUCACACCUUUGAUGGAUUUUGUUCGACAGAAAAGAGCUGCAAAGGAUGGAUCUCGGAGGUCUUCAUCAAAUGGCAAGCCAAGUCGAAGAGCUACUGGAUCAUCAGGUAGAAGUCCUGGGUCAACCUCAUCAAAACGUAAUUCUGAAAAGAGAAGAGUUUCCACUACAAUGUAUAUUUUGAGAGACAGUGUUAAAAACACCAGUAGCAAGGACAAGUCAGCUUAUGUUCUUGUUUCAAAACAAGAUGAUCAGCAGCUUUCUGCUAAGCCAGUGACUUUAGGUUCUACAGCUGGAACUGAAGCUUUGGAAGAGGACAGUGGACCAUCUGGAAUUAUUGAUGGUGGGAAGAAGAAGGUAUUGCUUCUAAAAGGAAAAGAAAAAGAUAUUUCGCAUGUGAGUAGUAACAUUUUACAGCGGGAGGGUGUAACAUCUACAGUUAAAAAUAUACUUGGUUCAGCAGCUGGCAGGUCCAAUCCACGGCGUGAAAGUAGUGGAAAGAUAAUCAGAAGCAUACUGCUGAACAAGGAAGCUCGUCAUGGUCAAUCUUCCAGUCUCCAAUCUGAGUCCCAAAUGCAGACAUCAAAUCUUGAGAAGGACAAACGGCCUCCUCGUCCUGCACAUACUCAAUUGGUUUUGAAGGAUACAAAUGGGUCAGUGGAGGGUAAAGCUAUUGGUAACGAGUUGCAUGGUUUAUGUGGCGAGAAGGCAGAAAAACGUACCAGAAAUAAAGAUAGACCUGAUCGUAGUGUGUGGGCUCUUCGUCGUUCAGAUGGAUCAUUUGCAAGUGAUGAGUCUUUGUCUUCUGCUUCUCAACUUGGGAAGUCAUUAGACUCUGCAGAAGGAAAUCAUGGAGAUGUCAGGGUUGAAAUUUCAAAUACAAGGAUUGGGGAAACUAAAAUGUUUGGAAGUGGACGAAGCAGCCAUUCUUCUUUGGAUAACGGCUCCUCCCAUAAGCAUAUCGGCCGUCGUGGACCUGCAUAUAAUGCAAAGGAUUCUGAUGGCCCAUCCACCAUGAGUGAGGGAAGGCAUGGCAAAAUUUGUGGAUGA